AUGACCUCCUCCACCCAAAACCCCAAUCAAUUCGUGUACGACUCAAUAAAAGGUAUUCCGAGUUACAUCGACUUCGAGUUCACCGUCAACUUUGCCACGAUACUCGUCGUGCUUAUGCUUAUCUACCACAUUCCAUGCUACGCCGUGCUCAUCCGUCUCAUCGUUUUUUCAUGCACAAAUCGGAAAUUGGACGCCAUUUUCCAUGCAUUCGUGAUCAUGCAGGUUGUGAUGAGUCUUCACGGAAUCGCCGAUUUCUUCAUUAGCCGUCUGCCCGGCACCGGGCUGGCCACUAGUUGGAUUGCACGGUCGGAUCCUCAGAUCCCUUUAAAACUCGCCGUCCUUUUCUAUUAUACAACUCUGUAUUUCUCCCAAAUAUUGACGGUUUUGUUCUGCAUCAUGAGAGUGAUCAUUCUCUACUGUUCUGCUCAUGUUAAAGAGGUAGGCGAUACAAAAAGAAAGCGGCUCUUCAUUAUUAUUAUUAUUGUGAAACAUUCAGGCUUUCGAGUCCUGGUUCAAAGUGAUUUCGCUGAUUACCUUCAUCCUCAGCGUAUCCGCCGCUUUUCCUCAAUUUCUGUCCGGAGCCAUUGGCUUCCAACUCAACGGCCUCUACCCAUUCGGCGCACUUGUUAUCAUAUCCAACUUUCACUUACAACAUUCCUACCUACUCAACUUCUUCCACGCGCUCUUCACUUUAUCGGUCAUUAUCGCAGUUAUCAUCACUACUUUUCUCAUUUUUCGCAAAAUUUUCGAGCGUCGCCGAUUGUAAGUGAAACAUUGACACGAUUAUAUAUUGUACAUACGAUUGAUGACCAGUUUAGAAGGAUUGCGACUCACUCUGCAUACAAUUCAAAAGCCGAAAAAACGUUGAGCUUCACAGUUGUGCUCAUUCUCAUUCCAUAUGUAAUGAGAGAAAUGGUUUCGGUAAGUGCAUCCAUCGCAUAUAUAUAUUGUUUGCUCGUGUGUGCUCAGAUCUCAACAAUGUACCGCUUCAAAGUCGUCUCCUACCUCCUUCUGUUUCGUCCGUUCAUCACCGACAUGCGCAUUCACAUCGUCACUCUUUAUUUCGUCUUCACUCAUCCCGCUUUCAAGCGCACCACUUCUGUUUCUGCAAACUUUUCGUUGAGCUCACCAAAGUUCGCCGUCAGGGAUUGA